UGCAUCACCAGUGUGCCAUGUUAGUUGGACUUCACCGUAGCUUCCUUCAUCUGCAGUUAUAACUUUCUCAUUAAUGAGUGUGAAGUUACCUAUUCAUUGAGUACUAACAAAACAAAAUACAAUAAAUUUGGUAAAGGGCAGUGGCACUUUAAAGGGAAGAAAGCACCACCUGAAACCAGAAGGGGAAAGUGCUCCUAGCAUUAGAUUAGACCCUCUACCAUGUUCCUCUGCCUCUGAAGUCUGAACCUCCCCAGGAAUGGCAAUGGAGAAGACAACAUUGUUUGUGUUGUUGUUGAAUGUGCUUCUUGUGUUCAGUGCCUCUCUUGUGUCCGCAGAGCAACAAAGUCAUGCCUCAGCUGUAGGGGACCCAGGAAUGCAAAGAGAUGGUUUAAGGGUGGCCUUUGAAGCUUGGAACUUCUGCAAUGAAGUUGGUCAAGAAGCUCCUCACAUGGGUAGUCUAAGAGCUGCUGAUUGUUUUGAUCUUUCAGGUUCUCUGACUCACAAGGUCACACAAGCUGAUAACAGACUUGGGGUGGGGGACUCAUUUCCUGGUAUAAAUCCAGAAAAUAUCAACAACACUGACCUUUAUGCAAUUGAAAAGGAAUUGUAUUUGGGUUCUCUAUGUGAAGUUGCAGACACCCCAAGGCCUUGGCUGUUUUGGAUGGUAAUGCUGAAAAAUGGAAACUAUGACACCAGGUCUGGGUUAUGUCCUCAGGACGGGAAAAAGGUACCCCCUUUUAGCCCGGGAAGGUUUCCUUGUUUUGGACAAGGGUGCAUGAACCAACCCAUCGUGUGUCAUCAAUGGACACAGCUCAAAGAUGGCUCAAUGCAAGGGGGGUUCAGUGGUACUUAUGAUUUGGAUUCUGGUUGUGGAGGUGAACAGGAUGGUGUGUCUUACUAUGAGGUAGUUUGGGAGAAGAAAGUUAAUGUUGGGAGUUGGAUGUUCAAACACAAAUUAAGGACUUCAAAGAAGUACCCUUGGUUGAUGUUGUACCUUAGAGCUGAUGCAACCAAAGGAUUCUCUGGAGGUUACCAUUAUGACACAAGGGGAAUGCUAAAAACUCUUCCAGAAUCACCAAAUUUCAAAAAGUUGAGCUUGGACAUCAAGAAGGGGGGAGGUGGCAAGAGCCAAUUCUACCCUUUAGACAUUGGAAGCUGUUGGAAGAACAAUGGUACUCCUUGUGAUGGAGAUGUACUGACUGAUGUCGCUAGAUAUAGUGAGAUGAUCAUAAACCCUGAAAACCCAGCUUGGUGCAGCCCCAAAGGCUUGGCUAACUGUCCAACAUUUCAUAUCACUCCAGACAACAAAAAAAUCUUCAGAAAUGGCACAGCCAAUUUCCCCUACUCAGCAUAUCACUAUUACUGUGCUCCUGGGAAUGCUCAACACUUGGAGCAACCAGUGAGCACUUGUGAUCCUUAUAGUAAUCCUCAAGCACAAGAGAUAGUUCAGUUGCUUCCUCACCCUAUUUGGGGUCAGUAUGGCUAUCCCACCAAAAAAGGUGAUGGUUGGGUGGGGGAUGCAAGGACUUGGGAGCUUGAUGUUGGAAGGCUAUCAAGUAGACUGUACUUUUAUUAGGUCAAUAAUUGAACC